GCAAUGUGCCGCCAGUCCGCCAGGUGGCGCGCCAGGUCAUUCGCAGCGUUGCGUGAAGAAAAAGCUCCUCAGUGAGGAAAAUGGCUGACGUAGAGAUGGACAUAACGUCCAGAAGAAUGAAUAAUGGAAACGAACACGUAAAACAAGAUCUGGAGAGCCAAGAAAGGAGCGGCAAUGAAGACAGUGGUGAUUUAUCCGAGGAAGAAGAGGAGGAAGAGGGAACAGUCGAAGCAAACGGCGAGAAGGCCGAGGAAUCCAAACAUCACGGCGGCAGCAGCAGCGGCGGCAAACACAAGCGGAAGAAACACAAGCAUCGGAGCAAACAUAAAAAGCACAAACACGCGCCAAACGAGGACAAGGAGCGCAAACGCAAGCACCGCCACAAACACAGGAAACACAAGCGCAAGGAAGGCUCGCCCGCGCCUGGCCCCGCCCUCUUCGACCCCUCCAAGAAGGUGGAGUCAUCGCCGUCCUCCGGGAAUCCCAGUCUGGACGACAGAGCUCUGCUGGAGGACUUGGAGAAGCAGAGGGCCAUGAUCAAAGCUGAGCUGGACAGCCAGCUGAUGGAAGGCAAGGUCCAGUCCGGGAUGGGCCUGAUCCUUCAGGGCUACAACUCCGGAUCCGAGGAGGACGGAGAGGCCAGGAUGAGGAACGGGGAACAGCGUCCAAGGGGCAGCUCAGGUAAACCAAUAUCUCCCAGGGGCGGCAAAAGUGGGAAAUCCAGACGGGACUCAACAGAAGGCGGUAAAUCCAACACCAAGCGCCGCAGUCGGAGUAAGUCUGCAGAGAAGUCCGCCCGGGAGUCCAAACCGGACAAGGGGACCAAAAGCUCGAAGGAUGCCGUCGUCAGAGACCGAGGUCGCGGCAGGAGUCGGUCAAAAGAGCGAAAACGGUCCGACAGCAACGAGCGGUCCAAGGACGCGAAGAAGUCCAGCUCCCCCCCCAGCCUCAGAGCCGAGCAGAAGGUCAGUCGCACUGAAAAACGUCCGUCUCCACCGCGAGACGACAAACCCAACCAGGAAAGACCGAGCCGGCGGUCCAGAUCCCCCGCGCGAGAGCGGCCCAGGCGCUCCGACGCCGAGCGGGACAAGCGGCCGGCCAAGUCCCCGUCCAAGGACACUUCUUUAGGAAAAGAGAACCGCUCGCCGCACAGGCGGGGGCCCCACAGCCCCCCCAGGAAACGCAGCGCCUCGCCUCGCCACAGAGACCCCCAUCACAAGCCGGGGUCCGAGAAGGCGGCGAAACAGAACCACUCUCCGACUAGAACACGGUCCCCGCCCAGGAGAGGACGCAGCCGCUCCCCUGACGUCAGGAGGAGGGAGGCCGACCGGCAGGACUCCCCGCCAAGCAGAAAGCGCUCGCGGGCAGACCUCGGACCAGCCAGAAACCGAUCCCGGGACAAGAGCCCCAGGUCGGCCUCCCGGCGCCGCGUCAGUCGCUCUCCUCUCAGGAGGAGGUCCCCGUCACCACGGCGACGCUCACGCUCAUCCCCCCGCAGGCGAAGCCGGUCUCCCCUGUUGCACAGGUCAGGGGAGUGGGACCGCUACGGCAGACCACGGAAGUACCGACGCUCCACCUCCCGCGAUCGGGAGAGGAGGAGGAGGCGCAGCAGAGAUGAAGACAAGUUUAAGGGGAGCCUCUCGGAGGGGAUGAAGCUGGACCAGGAAUCCUCGGAAGAUGAAGUGUUGGAUGAGUUUGAAAGUGAGGAGAUCGAUGAAGAAGCUCUCAUCGAACAGAGGCGGCAGCAGCGUUUGGCCAUCGUCCAGAAAUACAAGGCGGUGAACGAGGAGAGCAACAUGAUCUCUGAGCCCAGCAGCCCGCAGAGCAGCACGCGCAGCCGCUCGCCGUCGCCCGACGACAUCCUGGAGCGCGUGGCGGCGGACGUCAAGGAGUACGAGCGCGAGAACCUCAACACCUUCGAGGCGAACAUCAAAGCCAAGCACAACCUGAUCGCGCAGGAGAAAGACGGAGCCAACCCGAAGAAGCCGUCGGCCCCGGACAUGUUCACCGAGUCGGACGACCUGUUUGCUGCUGACUUUGACAGCGCCAGGAUGAGAGCUGCGGGUCUGGGCAAGGACUUCAAGGAGAACCCCAACCUCAGGGACAACUGGACCGACGCCGAGGGCUACUACAGAGUGAACAUCGGCGAGAUUCUGGACAAGCGCUACGACGUGUACGGCUACACGGGUCAGGGCGUCUUCAGCAACGUGGUCCGAGCCCGGGACACCGCCAGAGCCGGCCAGGAGGUGGCGGUCAAGAUCAUCCGGAACAACGAGCUGAUGCAGAAGACGGGUCUGAAGGAGCUGGAGUUCCUCAAGAAGCUGAACGACGCCGACCCAGACGACAAGUUCCACUGCCUCCGCCUCUUCCGGCACUUCUACCACAAGCAGCACCUCUGUCUGGUGUUCGAGCCUCUCAGCAUGAACCUGCGAGAGGUGCUGAAGAAAUACGGCAAAGACGUGGGGCUGCACAUCAAGGCGGUGCGCUCCUACAGCCAGCAGCUCUUCCUCGCCCUCAAGCUGCUCAAACGCUGCAACAUCCUCCACGCCGACAUCAAACCCGACAACAUCCUGGUGAACGAGUCAAAAACCAUCCUGAAGCUUUGUGAUUUUGGCUCCGCCUCUCAUGUGGCGGACAACGACAUCACGCCGUACCUGGUCAGCAGGUUUUACAGAGCGCCUGAAAUCAUUAUAGGAAAGCCUUACGACUACGGCAUCGACAUGUGGUCGGUGGGCUGCACGCUGUACGAGCUGUACACCGGCAAGAUCCUGCUGCCCGGAUCCUCCAACAACCACAUGCUGAAGCUGGCCAUGGACCUCAAGGGCAAAAUGCCCAACAAGAUGAUCCGCAAAGGAUUCUUCAAAGACCAGCACUUCGACCAGAACCUGAACUUCCUGUACAUCGAGGUGGACAAAGUGACCGAAAGGGAGAAAGUGACGGUGAUGAGCACCAUCAACCCCACCAAAGACAUGCUGGCGGACUUGAUAGGCGGCCAGCGGCUGCCCGAGGACCAGAGGAAGAAGGUGAUGCAGCUGAAGGACCUGCUGGAGGGCACGCUGAUGCUGGACCCGGCCAAACGCAUCAGCAUCAACCAGGCGCUGCAGCACCCCUUCAUCCAGGAGAAGAUCUGACCCCUUUUUGUUCAAGGAUGCUGUUUUAUUGUAAAUAGAUCGUUCAAGCCGUAGCCAUUCUCACAGAUUUUCUCGUUGUAAAUCUCCCCGCAAAACAAUUAUAUACUGUUUUUUUAUUUAACUUUGGAGCAAAAAAAUGCUUAAAAUUAAAAAAAUGACUGUAAAUAUUUCCCGCCUGCUGCAGUAACGACCCCCAGCAGCAGGCGGCUGAAUAUUUUUUUCCGUUUUUUUUUUUGUUUGUUUCUUGGGGCGAUGCAUGCUCUUGAAUGUGCACCCCUCGUGCUGCAGGUGUGGGUCAGUUCCAGUGUGUAACAGCAACCCCCCCUCACUGUUCUCCCCUCAGGCCACUUGAAGGAAUCGAUAUUUUGCAUUUAUUUGGUCAAAUUCUUCUUUUUUUUUUCCAAAGCGGUAGUUUUUGUUUUAUCUCCUUUAAAAGCCCCCCCCCCUCCCUCCAGCGCUCCGGCCCGGUCCCGGCUCCGAAAGGCUCUCACAUUCAAGUGCCUCCUGUUUGAGCCUCGUGUGAAACACCAAACCGCGCCCCCCAGCCCCACUCCGAAUGUUGUACAUAGUCCAUAGUUCCUGUCCUUUUUAUGUACGCUCAUUUUGUUUCUUUUCAUUCAGUGGUAAAAACCGAUCUUGUGAUUUCAAUAAAGAGUAGUCGUGGAAACGCUGCUGAAAGAGCGACUUCAGUAUGACAGCUUUUUAGUAAUAAAAUGUUUCAUGUACAAA